AUGACCACUCUUGUCCUUACGAGGUUGUCUACGCUGGCAAGAGCUAUACCAAGGGAACGGCUUGUGUCGACCACUUCAGGCAUUGUUGGUCUAAACUGGGCAGCUACAUCGCUCACCUCUCAGAUGGGAGAAAGAUUCUUAGGUCUUUUGUCUUAUUGCUUCUCCGGUACGGGAACUAGCAAGAUCAACUUUGGAGCGAACGCUAUUGUAGCAGGAGAUGGGACAGUAGCAGCAGAUAUACGGGAACAUGUCAUAGACUCUGGAACCACUUACACGUUCUUGCCCGGGAGCUACUUGGAACAAGUGAAGGCGGCAGUGGAAAGCGUUGUGACAGCGGAACGAGCACCUUCCACAUACGGCAUGCUUUGCUACUAUUCGAAUCUCAUUGAUAUAUUCCCGGUGAUUACUAUGCACUUCUCCGGCGGUGCGGAUCUUGUGUUGGAUAAUAACAAUGUGUAUGUGAACAUGGGAGGAGGAGGAAGCUUUUGUCUGGCGCUUAUGGAUGGUGAUCCCAUGCAAGUGUCCAUCUUUGGGAACAGAGCACAGAACAAUUUUUUGGUGGGUUAUGAUCCUUCCUCAAUGGUGGUUUCUUUUAAACCCACCGAUUGUUCUGCACUGUUUUAG